GCCUGAGGAGGAAGAGCAGGAUCAGCUGAACUACAGAAGAAUAAACAACCAGGAUAUUUAAUAAAGAACAGUGUUAAACUGCUGAAAGAGGUGAAGCACAAGCCAUCCAGAAGAAUCUCCUGAAAACGCAGAAAUUGUUUGCUACAUUUCACAGACAGAUGGAGCCAAGUCCCGACAUGGAGAAACAUCAGCACUCUGUCAAGAGUUUUACUAAACAGAGUGAUAUAAAAAAACACCAGCGCAUUCACACAGGAGAGAAACCGUAUCACUGCUCAGACUGUGGGAAGAGUUUUACUGAACAGAGUAGUCUCAAAAUACACCAGCGCAUUCACACAGGAGAGAAACCGUAUCACUGCUCAGACUGUGGGAAGAGUUUUACUGAACAGAGUAGUCUCAAAAAACACCAGCGCAUUCACACAGGAGAGAAACCGUAUUACUGCUCCGAUUGUGGGAAGAGUUUUACUGAACAGAGUAGUCUCAAAAUACACCAACGCAUUCACACAGGAGAGAAACCGUAUCACUGCUCAGACUGUGGAAAGAGUUUUACUGAACAGAGUAGUCUCAAAAAACACCAGCGCAUUCACACAGGAGAGAAACCGUAUUACUGCUCCGAUUGUGGGAAGAGUUUUACUGAACAGAGUAGUCUCAAAAUACACCAACGCAUUCACACAGGAGAGAAACCGUAUCACUGCUCAGACUGUGGGAAGAGUUUUACUAAACAGAGUACUCUCAAAAAUCACCAGCGCAUUCACACAGGAGAGAAACCGUAUUACUGUUUCGACUGUGGGAAGAGUUUUACUCAACAGAGUAAUCUCAAAAAUCACCAGCGCAUUCACACAGGAGAGAAACCGUAUUACUGUUUCGACUGUGGGAAGAGUUUUACUGAACAGAGUACUCUCAAAAUACACCAACGCAUUCACACAGGAGAGAAACCGUAUUACUGCUCAGACUGUGAUAAGUGUUUUACUACACAGAGUCAUCUCAAACUGCACCAGCGCAUUCACACAGGAGAGAAACCAUAUUACUGCUCCGAUUGUGGGAAGAGUUUUACUGAACAGAGUAGUCUCAAACUGCACCAGCGCAUUCACACAGGAGAGAAACCGUAUCACUGCUCAGACUGUGGGAAGAGUUUUACUAGACAGAGUACUCUCCAAAUACACCAGCGCAUUCACACAGGAGAGAAACCAUAUUACUGCUCCGAUUGUGGGAAGAGUUUUACUGAACAGAGUAGUCUCAAAAUACACCAGCGCAUUCACACAGGAGAGAAACCGUAUUACUGUUUCGACUGUGGAAAGAGUUUUACUAAACAGAGUACUCUCAAAAUACACCAGCGCAUUCACACAGGAGAGAAACCGUAUCACUGCUCAGACUGUGGGAAGAGUUUUACUGAACAGAGUAAUCUCAAAAAACACCAGCGCAUUCACACAGGAGAGAAACCGUAUCACUGCUCAGACUGUGGGAAGAGUUUUACUCAACAGAGUCAUCUCAAAAAACACCAGCGCAUUCACACAGGAGAGAAACCGUAUUACUGCUCAGACUGUGAUAAGUGUUUUACCACACAGAGUCAUCUCAAACUGCACCAGCGCAUUCACACAGGAGAGAAACCGUAUCACUGUUCAGACUGUGGGAAGAGUUUUACUUUACAGAGUGAACUUAUAUUACAUCAGUGCAUUCACAAAAGAUAGAAAAGUAUCCCAAAUCUGUUCCUCUGCCAUAAAAAAUGCAAACCUUAAAUCUUUCAGACAGCCAAAAACACCUCAUCAUGCACAAAAUCUUCACUCUGUUACAAGAACUUCAUUUAAAAAUGGCUUUUUACAGGUUCAGAAAAAUGAAUCUUAUCCAGAGAUGAUGUUUACUGAAUUUCAUGCUGUGUUUUUAUGUAUGUUUGUAUACCUACAUUAGUUAAUGCCUGCAGAGCUCUUCAACACUUAGUGUUGUGUUUUAAGAAGUUUUUACACACAGAAUCAUAAAUGGUACCACUAACAGCAUAAACUAGGAACAUACAUUUUUAUAAUUUUUUCAGUGAUAUGCUGAAUAAAUAGUAAAGCGAUGAUGCUAGCUCAGAGUAAAAUCGUAUAUUAAAUCUCAGCAUUAGCUUUAGAACUAAUAAUAAACAAAAGUGAGGAUUUUAUCAUUCUGGGACAUUUUUAGGUUUAAAAAUUGAAUAUGCUUUGCCAUAAGUAGGAAAUGAUCAUUUGGUCAACUUAUGUCAUUUACAGCCUUAACACAUUCUCAAUUGUUUACAUAUAAAAACUUUCUUUAUUUUUUCCUCCACUCCACGUUUGUAGUUUGUAGUUGGAGCGAGGGCACUGCCAGUGUUUGCUCCAGAUGUUAGAUUAGCAUUACUUAGUCUUUUAAAAUUUAGAUGUCGUAGUUUAAAGGAGUAGAGUAUUCUUAGGAGUAGAGAAUAUUCUUAGCUUGCAACAAAAGGCCAACAAAAUCCUUUUCAGAGUUAAAAAAAAAAAAAAAAACGGUCUAGCUGUAGGUCUAGCAGUUUCCAUACUGAAAGCAACACUCAGCAGGCUAUGCAGCAGUAAGACUGCAGGAUCCUUGAUUCCCUCUACUGCACAUGUGUCAAACACAAGGCCCGCUGGGCUGUAGCUCUGGCUCAGUAAAGACUGUUGGCUUGUGCUGCUGCUGCUCCGACUAGUGGUUGUAUGAGGAACUGCUAAAUCUGAGGAAAUGCUAAAUCUGUCACAUGUUCUUAACAGCUCACAAUUUUUUAAUUUUAUAUUUAUUAAGCCUUAUUUCAGUAUCAAACGUUUUGAUCAAAGUUAAUGUAACUUGUAUUUUAUGUCAUUCCUAUUCACUUGACUAGUUUGGUUCUUGAUUGAUGGAGUUUUUGGAUUUCAUAACAUGACAAAUUAAAAGGAUUUAUGUUAAUAGAGCAACAAGCAAACAUUUUUUCCAUGCAACUGUAAUAUUUGAUUGAAUAAAUAGUAUAUUGAGAGUUAUUUAACAUUAAGGAGUAAUUACAUUCAUUUUAUAUUACAUUUGGUUACAUUUUAUUACAUUUAUAAGUUCCAUCUGGCCCUCAGAGGACAGCCAAUAUGCCAAUGUGGCCCUCGGCUAAAAUGAGUUUGACACCCCUGCUCUACUGGUUUUCUCAUUGGUCUAUGGUUCAGUCAGUCUGAUUAAAAAUCUGCAAGUUAAUCUACAGGGAUAUUUGGUUGUGUUGUGUUGCUAAAGUUAUAUACUCUGUUAUCUUUUCCUUAUUUGGUAUCGUUUUGCUAAAGGGUUUUUUUAUAUCUCUAAAGGUACUAAAAAUAUCUAAUCCAUUUACUUUAUUGAUUGUUUUAUCCAGUACCAGCUAUUAUCGUUGUUUUACAUCACCUUAUGUAUUUACUCAUAUUCAUAUCUAUGUGAUUCAAUAAAAGGCUUUUAUAUUGCAAGAUCUGCAAUCUUAUCUAUUCUUUCAACUUAAGCAUUUAGCCAAAAGCUUUUGUACACAGCCAAACAUACAUUCAAGCAACCACUAUAUACAGUGCCUUGCAAAAGUAUUCGGCCCCCCCUUGAACUUUUCAAACUUUUGCCACAUUUUGGGCUUCAAACAUAAAUAUAUGAUUUUUUUGUUUGUUUUUUGUGAAGAAUUAACAAGUGUGUAAGAAUACGGAGGAGUUUUGCCUUACUAUGUUCAUUGUUCAUUGAUUAAAGGGUUAAUCUGUGUGUAACUAAAUCAGCAUUUCACUUAAUCAGUAUGUUAUUCAAGCAUUUAGCACGAUUCAUGAUGAUUCACAUUGUGACUUAGAAUGUAUGUAUAUUGUGUCCUUGUGCUCAAAGCAAGGCCGUUUUUCUUGCAACUUAGCAUGAUUGAUUUUUUCCAGCAGAACCAUGAGUUUCUGUACAUGUAAUCUAUAGUCUGAUAAGGUUGGGGUGACCGAGUUCUCGGCUGACGUAUAGGAUGAAUAACUGCUUAUCAGUAUCAGGAUCCGGGGGGUGUGAGGAGCCUCCUCACACACCAUUAGACUGAGGCCAGGCGAAUGCCUGUAUUUAUUAGACUCUGUCUAGGAAGAAGAGUAGAGUUGGGUGGGAUGAGCUUCUCCCGAGAGGGACUACAGAGCCACAGGUCCUGGUCACACAGCCGAGAACUCUGGAAACCCCAACUUUUCUCACCUUUGGGGUUUUCCUCUUAUUUUCACCUUUUUAUUUCAAUUCAAUUUUCAAUAAUCUUUUUACUCAAUUUUUGAUGUAUCCAAAAAAACUGUUUUGCUCAGAAGAUUCUUUGAAUAAAAUCUGACGGAACUACAA